UCUGCACUUGUUUACCUCUCGCUACCAAAACAUAAGCCAACAUGUCUUCAAAACCAAGAGUCAAGAACAUCGUCUUCGACGUCGUUGGUACCCUAGUCUCUCACGAGCACUUCUACACCGUCAUAGAAGACCGUCUCGGCCCCUCCCUCAAGAAACACAGCUUGCCCGCCCGUCUUCUAGGCUUUGCUUGGCUCGAGUCUGCAGAGCGCGAGUACACGUUUCUCUCAUUGUCAGGCGCAUACGUCCCAUUUGCUCAAGUCUUCGAAGCCAUGUUCUUCCGCGUUCUACACUUUGCGGGCGUCCCUGAACCAAGAAGUGUAGCAAACGAGGAAGAUGUCAAGUACUUUAUGCAAGAAUAUAAGAAGUGUGAAGUUCGACCUGGUGCUAAAUUGUGUAUCGAUACGCUGAAAAGGGAGGGGUGGACCGUGUGGGCUUUUACGAGCGGGGAUCGGGAGAGAGUCGUGGGGUAUUUUGAACAGGGUGGAGUGAGCAUUGAUGCUGAGAGCGUGGUUACGUGCGAUGAGAUUGGCGUGGGGAAACCGGAAUUAAGAGCUUAUGCGAAGCUCAAGGAGCAGAUUGGAGUAGGCGAGGGAGACGAAGUGUGGUUUGCGGCUGCGCAUGGCUGGGAUGUGAGCGCAGCAGGUCGAGCCGGGUUUAAGACAGCGUACUGUACGGUUCUGGAAAGGGAGCCGCUCGAGGACGUCUUUGGGAAGAUGGAUGUAGUUGCUGACUCGUUGGAGGGGUUGGCGGAGAAAGUUAUGAGCGCCGAAGCCAAGGCUUGCUCUUGAAUGGAUCCAGCUUCUUAGUUCCCUCACAGCUAUCCUUCUCUACAGUUCCCUCACAGUUAUCCUUCUCU